AUGAAGAACAAGGCCACCGCCGAGAGUGGCCCUGAGUCGCCUACUACUGCCCGACCUUUUGAACUCGACGAUGACGAUGUUCAGGAAUCAGGUGUCCUAGGAGGUGACGAAGAAAACACCACGACUACUGCUGCUGCGACAAACACCUCCCAGGCUCAGACUCCUGCCCAGGCCCAAGCGCAGGCACCGACUUCAACAAACGAGGCAGCGCCUCCUAAGCCUCCCAGACCUGUCUCUGAAACUCAGCAGAAUGAGACUAUACUCAAGGAAGCCUUCCCCAGCGUAGAGUUGAGUGUCAUCAAGGCUGUGCUGAGAGCCAGUGGUGGUCGCGUUGAGCCUGCAUUUAACGCUUUGCUGGUUGACUGA